CAAUGUCCAGAUCACCACGGCGAAGAUGACCGCGCGACGGCCGCGAGCGAGCAUUUAUCGGUUUAGUGUGAAAUAACAACAAAUAAGCGCGUAACACACGCCGAACGAAGACGCUGAAAUUACCAAUAAGUCACAGAUUAAAUUGUUAUUAUUAAAUAAUUAACGCACGCGUUGUGAAUUGGAAUAAUCGACAUCCUUCGCGGAGGAUUCGUGAAGAACUGACUGGGAGCGUUGGUGACAGCGGCGCGAAGGUGCAACUUUACAAAUUUGUGAAAAUUCGUGCUUGCGUGUUGAUUAAACUGUUAAACUGUGCAAUUAUUGCCGGGCGCGAAUGCGUUCAAAGUGUUUCUAAUUAACGUUAAGUACGACGACUGAAUACUGAGUUUAUCAGGGAAUUAGUGUGUGAAUGUUAGAGGAAAUUCAGCGAAUGGACGUCCCCCAAAUGGCUGCGCAACACAUUCUCUCGGCAGUCGAGUCGGAAAUCUCUCAUGGCGUACAGACUCGUCCUGGAAAAGGAGCAGAUUACACUCCGGAAAGUGAUCUAUGUGUCACUUUAGACGAUCGGGAUCUAUGGGUCCGUUUCAGUCUCACUAAUGAAAUGAUUGUGACGAAAAAUGGCCGCCGGAUGUUCCCUGUUGUGAAGGUGUCUGUCUCUGGAUUAGAUCCGAAGGCAAUGUACACGGUUCUAUUGGAAUUCGUGCAGAUUGAUCCGCAUCGAUGGAAGUACGUGAACGGGGAAUGGGUACCAGGUGGUAAAGCGGAAGUCCCACCUGCGAAUCCCAUCUAUGUGCAUCCGGAAUCUCCGAAUUUUGGCGCGCAUUGGACGAAGGAGCCGAUUUCAUUCGCUAAAGUUAAACUGACGAAUAAAUGCAAUGGUAGCGGACAGAUUAUGCUCAACUCCUUGCAUAAAUAUGAACCUAGAGUGCAUUUAGUUCGAGUUGGAACUGAACAAAGAAGAAUCAUCACUUUUCCGUUUCCUGAAACACAGUUUAUCGCUGUAACUGCUUAUCAGAAUGAAGAAGUUACUUCACUAAAGAUUAAAUAUAAUCCGUUUGCUAAGGCGUUUCUUGACGCCAAGGAACGACCGGAUAGUAUUUAUAAUCAAAGGGAAUAUGGUGGUACCUACGGGGACAAUCAAAUGCAAUAUGGUGGAAAUUAUGGAUCUUUAUUUAUCCCUCAUCAAACUUGUAUGCCGCAUACAGCGAGUGGGGUACCAUGGUCAGCAUGUGAAAGGUACACCAGAAACACGAAGAUGUACCAAGCUGCUGUGGCUUCCUGUGAGAAGUAUUCUUCAGGGUCCUUGAAAUCAAACAGGUCUUCUCCUUAUACCUACCACAGGCCAAAAUCGAACUCACCUGAAGGAUCACCUCCAAGUGUUUAUAAUCCCCCGGAACACAUUCAGCAACCCUAUGCACCCUCACCACCAACAACCUACACAGCAUGGUCAACCCUUCAACCCCAACCACCCAUAGUCUCACCAGCACCCGCUGCAAUCAAUUGCUGGUCACUCACUUCCAGCCCACCACCUCCUCAUCAACUAGCCGCUAGCAGUGCACAGACUACUCCGGAACAAUCUCCAACCCAUCACUUUCCCCAGUACCAUCAACCAAUUAGCAACAUUGGUAAUCUCACCCAGUUAUCCUACUCCAAUUAUUACAAUCAGGAUCAAGUGACACCAUACUCAACUCACUAUCAAGCUGAGUAUGUACCAUUGGUGAAUGGUAGUGAGAUAGGGUAUGCGCAUAUUGAUCCAACUGGGGCGGCUGUCAGUGUGGAGCGGGAUGAUGGCAGUGUGGUGUAUCAGGAAGUGGGACAAAUCGAGCACGUUGAGCAUAUUGAGCGAGCGACAAGUGUGCGAAACGAACCGGAAUCCCCGGCGUCCAAUAGCAGUAGUACCAAUGCGCAGAAUGGGAAUGAAUGGAGUCAUCAGCAAUUAUGAUGAUUAACAAGUCAAGUACCUACUACUUGAGAAUUACACAAAUUUAUUUCAGCAAACAAUUAAACACGCUAUAAAUCAAUGUAAGUAUAUGAAGGAUACGAGUUGGAUAGGUUAUUUUAGGUUAGGAUAGGUUAGGUAGGAUAGAUAAAGAAUGGAUUGUAUAAAAUAUGAGAAAAUAUUGAUUAUAUUUGGUGUGAAAUAAU